AUGAGCACUUUAGUCGAGGACCAGCGCCUCACGGACGCGUACUUCCGCUCGACGCCGCCGCCAGAGUACCUCAACGGACACCGCGAGCGCGUCGAAGCGUUCCUCGCGCACCACCGCAUCGUGGGCAGAUGCGUCGCGAUCGUAACGUCCGGAGGCACAACUGUCCCACUGGAGCGCCACACGGUGCGGUUCCUCGACAACUUCUCGACGGGCGCCAGAGGAGCGGCUUCGGUCGAGCGCCUGCUGGCCAUUGGCUACGCGGUGGUCUACGUGCACCGUCCCGGCUCUAUCGCCCCCUUCGCUCGGCACUUGCAGCGAGCGACACGGGCGUCGCUGGACGACCAGUUCUUGCACUACGUCGACGUACCCAUUGGCAGCAGUCAACCACAACACGCAAACGAGCAGCAGAUUCGGCUGUUGAUCGAAGACGCUGCAGCGAAGACACACGUGAUCGACGCCGUUCGGCAGCUGAGAAGCGCGCGCGCGUCCAAUACGCUGCUGUCGCUGCCGUUCACGUCGGUGGCCGACUACUUUGCCGUCCUGCAAAUGCUCGCAGCGUGUGUAGCCCCGUGGAAAGAGCGCGCGUUGUUCCUCUUGGCAGCAGCGGUGAGUGACUUUUACAUCCCGCAGCACGAGUUGACGGAGCACAAGAUCCAGUCACGAGCAGGACCGCUCACGUUGACGCUGCAGCAAGUCCCGAAGAUGCUCGGCGUGUUGCGGCGCCAGUGGGCGCCGCAGUCGUUCGUAGUGUCGUUCAAGCUCGAGACGGACCGGGCCAUUCUGUGUCAAAAAGCACGACAAGCGAUCGACAAGUACGCGGUGCACGUGGUCAUCGCGAACGAACUGCACUCGCGAUUCGACGAGGUGCUGCUGAUCACGGAGACGGACCAACGUCUGAUCACGCGACCAGAGGACGAAGCUGAUCUUGAAGGGGUCUUGAUGGAAGCUGUAGCGCGUUUGCAUUACCAGUACAUCGCGUCCCACGACGUUUCGAUUCCAGAGGAAGUUGGCUCGCGCGUUUCGCAACGUCUCUUGUUCAACGCAUGGAAGAAGAAGCUGCCCGUGUCGGUGCAAAGUUUGCUGUGCGUCCUGGACAAGCACAAAGAGGAGAUCUUAGGUGUCGUCGCCGGUGGACUGCUCUCUGUCCUGCUCAACAGUAUGCUGCAGCGGCGAUACCGCUAG